UUUAAAAUGUCUGUACAGAAAGGUGGUAUGUUUGGGACUCAACAGAAGGCACAGUAUAGCAAGGAAACAGCAGAUCUAUUGAAAAACAUGAUGAAGGAGUCUAAGCUUACUAACUAUCAGCAAAGGGUUAUGAAAGAAUCAAUGAAAGAUGGGAGUGCCCUGCCAACACGUGUCAAUCCACACCACAGUAAAGAUGGCCCAUCCUUAGUUAAAAAGAAAAAAACCAAAGUUGUUAAGAAACCGACUGGUGUGAAGACUCUUCAAAAAAUUGAACUUGAAAUAUCAGAAGACACCAGUGAACCUUACAAACCACCCCCGAUAACUUACGAUAGUCAAAAAGAAAAGGAAAGGUUGAAUAAAAUAUUGAUUUUUGGGACUGACAAGCCAUUGCCGAGACCAAAACUAGCGCCAAUUGUUGUUAAACGUCCUGUGGACCGCUUUGCCGAAAUUCAAGAAGAAAUCAAAGAAAGACGUGACUUUAUGAUGGAGAUGGAGAGUUUAGGGCAAGCUGAAAGACAUAGGGUGAGGAUUGAAACAGAAAUUUCACAAUACAUUCGAGAGAUGGAAGUCAUUGACAAGAAGCAAAAUAAAGUGCUCCAAAGAGCUAAAGAAGAACAGGGAAAUGAUGAUUGAUCGAUUUGAAAAGACCAAGCUACCAACCAUAGUAGUAUUCUGUAGAGUUAAAGAUUCAGAAGAUUUCAUUGAGCAAUCAGGAAUAAUUGUUUCACAUUAAGUACAGAUUUGAUUAAGUAUCAGAAAGAUUGAUAUAAGGAAACGACUAAACCUAGAUUUUUAUCCAAACGUAACCAGUAAAAACAAACUUAACCAAAACGAACUGAACCAGACUUGACUGAGCAGAACCGAACUGAACCAAACCAGAAAAAUCUAAUUAUUUGGCUGCCAUUGCAUUACAUGCUAAAUCAACUUUAUUAACACAAUAGGUUUCAUUGAAUUAUCAUUAACUUGGUUGAUGGUUACUGUUUGGCUAUAAUAGGGAUGGAUUUGAUUUAAUAUAUUGAUAGUAGAAGUGAUGUUAAGUUAUCAGAAUCAUGAUAUCAUAAUCGAUCAUAAUGUUAACCAUGCUGCAAAAUUGGGAAAAUUUAGCAAUAUCUUUAAUAUUGUAUUUCCAAAACAGUUUGAAAAAUUCUUGCUGACCACUUGAACCAAACUGGCCACAGACAGAAAUUUGGUCGUUUCCUAAUUGAUAUCCGGGUUAUGAUUUUGUCUAAUGAACGUUUUGCCUAGUGUAUUACAUAAAUAU